CCGAUGCCCUUUGAAAGGGUGUAGACACAAACAUAACAGGCCUACUUUAGACAUCAUGAAGUGAGGAAUUGAUUUGAGAAUUUGAUCUCCUCAGUGGUUUCACAUUAUUCAUGGUGUCCCAGAGGGGAAGGAGGGACUUCUGUUUUAUUUUUUGUGAAAACUCUUUUUGGUUUAACAACACCGUGACCACAUGUUUUUAUACGUUGCACUGAUGCUCCUCAUCUAAAGUUUGUUCGAGCGCUGAAGAACUCCUACCAUCUGACACUGAGGAGAUCGAUCUAGUCAUGUCUUCGCCGUUAUGCAUUCUGUCUAAAAAUGACAACCUCUCCGUGUCUUUCUGUGGUUCUGGCUUUCUAGCAACAUACCAGCUCGGUGCUGCGCAGAGUCUUUUGGAUAACGCGGCGUGGAUCCUUCACGGAGCUCCGAGAGUCUAUGGUGCGUCUGCUGGUUCCCUCGUCGCUGCAGCGGUCGUCUGUGGCUCCAAUCUAGGACGUGUGCGGGACCAGCUUCUGGAAUUUGCACGAUUUAUCAAACAGCAUCCGCUCGGUCUUCUCAGUCCCACGGUGGAUAUUUUCCGAUGGCUGGAGGUCACACUGCAGCGCUGUCUGCCUGAUAACGCACACACUCUGGCCAGCGGCCGUCUGCACAUCUCCAUGACUCGCAUCUCUGAUGGAAAAAACGUCAUCGUGUCAGAAUUUCAUUCCAGCGAUGAACUUAUAAAAGCACUUUUGUGUAGCUGUUUCGUCCCUGUAUACUCUGGCGUGAUCCCACCACAGUAUAAAGGAGAGCACUAUAUGGAUGGAGGUUUCACAAACAUCCAGCCCUUAGAGGAUUCCUCUCCCACCCUCACCAUCUCCCCGUUUGCUGGACACAUGGACAUCUGUCCAUCCGAUACCUCCACCAUCCUGUGCGAUGCCAUCAUCCAGCAGCUCUCCUUCCAGUGCUCCGUCACCAACUUCAUCAGGCUGGUGGACGCCUUGUUCCCUCGAGACUGGAGGAAUUUGAAGAAAGCUUUCUACAGUGGAUACCAAGAUACCGUAUACUUCUUGCAGCAGAGCAAUGCGCUGCCACUGUAUCCUGAACGGAGAAAGGAGUCUGAUGCAUCUGAUGAUUCGGUGAGCUCAGAUCACUGGAUGCUGACACAGACUGAAGAAGAGGAAUCCCAGCAGGACUGCCCUGAACACCCUGAACAGAAGACCGUCAAUGGAGUUUAUUCAUCUUUGAGUCCAUCCCUUCAGGAGCGGACAGUACAUAAGAACUCACCAGUAGAGGUUCAGGAAGUGCUGUUGUGUAAUAUCGUGGGGCAGCUGGAGAUCGUGAGUAAUUCAAACGUCUCUUUACCUCAACGGACUCUCUCAUACCUGCUCUUGUUGUUCACACUGCCAAUCUGGAGUGCCACAACCUUAUGGGACAGGUAUCAUAAAUGGAUCGCUAAUGCUAUGAAUGUGGCAUAUUGGCUCUGGCAUGGUAUUAAACUUUUCAUGAUCUUCAUACUCAGAAUUGUACUGUGCUCAAUGAGGAAAGCCCUUGGAGACAUAAUGCUGAGUCUGAUCAGUUUCAUACCUGCGCAAGUUCACAAUGAGCAGCACAGACGCAGUGAGCUGGCUGAGAGACACAUGGCCUCCUCUAAUCUGAACGGUCACGUCUCUGGUGCUUUACCGCCAAGUCCCUCCAUGGCACAGACCCUCCCAAACCUCUACACACUCCUGAUUUCACUAGAGACAGCAGAGAGCAAGUGGAGAAGACGCAAGAUAGAGGUGCAACACACUUUACAGCAACACGUGACUGACGUGAAAAGAAAUUAAAAACCUGCAAGCAAUGUGAGAUGGUUAAUGUUACUCAUCACAGACUUGAUCAAUUGUUCUGUUCUACUUCAGAUGGAAAAGUUUAAUUGUUUUUUUUUUUUUUUUUUUUUUUUUUUUUUUAUUAUAGCUUAAUACUAAAUGCAUAUACUAACAUACAACAAGCAAUUGUAGAUGAUAUAUAAAAGAAAAAAAACAUAUAAAAGUUAACAUAUUAAAAUAUUAUUUUAUAUUAUUAUUAUUAUAAAUGUUUUUUAAACAUUUACAUUUACCAGGUGUUAUAAUAGUACUGCUUCAUUCUAUUAUUUUUAUCAACAGUAGUAACAGUAAGAAAAACACAGCAUAUAGUUUUGAGGAAAAAUGAAAACACAUAAAUAAACAUUAAUCUCAGUUAUGAUGUCAACUGUUCCAGUUUUAAUCAUUUGAACAUUGAGUAUUAUAAAAAUAAAAGAG